AUGGGUGACCGAACAGAUAUUGAGAAGCUGCAGGAGAUGGUGAAGUUGCUGAUGGAUGAGAGAGAUGCGGAGAGAGCAGCCCGAGAAGCCAUGGAAAAGAAGAACAGAGAAACAUUACCUGUGAUGAACAUGUUCAAUCAUGGGAAUAUGAUCACUUUUCCUAACGGCCCUCGUAUUGAUGCUAACAAUUUUGAGUUACGCAUGCCCCUUAUCCAAAGGGUCGAGCAAACUCCUUUUGCAGGUAGGGCGACUGAAGAUGCUAACCGCCAUCUCUCCAAAUUCGUGGAAAUCGCAAACACUCUGAAAUUAAAUGGUGUCGACGACGAUGCCAUACGGGUAAGACUUUUUCCAUUCUCAUUGAUUGAUUCUGCUAAAGAGUGGUUUGAGUGUAUGCCACCAGAAAAGGUCUCCACAUGGAAGGACAUCGUAGCUACCUUCCUCGACAAAUACUACCCGCCAGGCACUAUUUUGAAGCUCAAAAGUGAGAUCUUUCAGUUCACACAAGGCCAUGACGAGCCCCUCUAUGAGGCAUUUGCUCGUUUCAAAGCUCUUCUUCGAAAGUGCCCAAACCAUGGUUUUUCCAUAGACCAUCAGGUAGGAAUCCUCUAUAAUGGAUUUAACGAGAAAAUAUGUGCUAUGCUUGAUUCAGGGGCAAAUGGAGGAUUUCUAAGAAAGACAGGAGAGGAUGCCAUGGCGGUGAUCGAGGAGUUCGCCACCAACAGUCGGGGGUGGUCUAAGGAAAGGCAUGCCACGAGAAGAGUAGCAGCCAUAGAAGAGGCCGAAGAAAGUUCUUUUGCUAAGGAGUUAGCAGAACUUAGAGUCAGGAUUGAUCAAAUGGACAUCUCGAGGAAGGAAGAUCCAAUUCCGGCAACUUCCAUAGUGGCGGUCAAUGCACCCGAAACUGCCAUAUCAACUGUGGAAGAAAUCAACUACGUGCAAGGAGGCGGUCCCAGAAACUACAAUAACAAUUAUCGCCCUAAUCAGGGGGGCGGUAAUUUCAAUAAUUAUAAUGGGAACCGUCCGCACCCAAAUCUUUCUUAUUCUAACAAUAAUUACUUGCAACCCCCUGCAGGAUUUAAUGUUAGCAAAGGAGGAGUGGUUGAGCCGAUGAAGAAGGAAGACAAGUAUGAACAAGGAAUCACGAAGAUCUUGGAAGUAAUUACGCAAGAUAGGAAGAUUAAUGACACCAAGAUCGGAGUGGUCGAAGCAAGGAUAAACAACCUCGAGCAAGGAAUGAACACAAUCUCGGCAGCUGUAACCAAUAUUACCACUCAAAUGGAGCAAAUUCAGAAGAAGUUAGAUGAGGAUAGAGCAAAGGCAGCAGCAAGAGUGGAUGAUAUUAACAAGAAGUGGGUGGCAAAGCAGAAAUCUGGGGACUGCCCAGUCGCCGGCGGACCGCCGCAGACCCCGCAGCGGCCCGCCACUGAGACGGCAGAGUCAACCACGCAGGACUGCCCAGUCGCCGGCGGACCGCCGCACACCCCGCAGCGGCCCGCCACUGACAAGGCAGAAUCGUCCACUAAGCAGGAGCUUGUGCGGCACAACGGGAUUGUACUCCCUUUUCAGCCAAAGAGGAAGUUCAAGCUUGAAGAGCAGUUCAAGCAAUUCCUUAACAUGUUUUGCAAGGUCCAUACUAACAUUCCACUUGUUGAAUCGUUGCAGGAGAUACCAAAGUAUGCAAAGCUACUAAGGGAGGCGGUAAUGAGGAAGAAAAAGCCGACUAAAGCCGACCUUAAGCUACCGCAUCAUUGCAGCGAGAUCAUCCAAAAGGAAAGGGCAGUGAAGCAAAGAGAUCCGGGCCAGUUCAUCAUUAGGUGCCGAAUUGGAGAAGGAAAAGUUGAUAAGGCCCUCUGUGAUUUGGGAGCAAGCAUCAACAUCAUGCCGCUGAAGUACUAUGAAAAGCUCAACAUCGGGCCACUCAAGACCUCGGAUGUGACCAUAAGGUUGGCCGAUAACACGGCCAUCAAAACGGUGGGUAUGAUUGAGGAUGUCUUGGUGAAGGUAGACGAUUUCAUCUUUCCUGCCGACUUCAUUAUUCUUGAUAUGAAAGUAGACAAGAAUGUACCUCUAAUCUUAGGCAGAGAUUUUCUAGCCACAUGCAAAGCUCUUAUUGAUGUAGGUAGAGGAGAAAUCACAAUAAGUGACCAUGGAGGAAAGUCGACCUACAACAUCGAAAGCGCGAUGCUUAAGUAUGAAGAGGCGAAACAAGCUAAGAUGGAGCAUGAUUGCAGGGAGGUCAUGGUGACCGAUUUGUCUAAGCCUUAUGAUCCAUUUGGAGGGGAAGAUCCUUCUAACCCUACUAUUUUCAUUGUUAACACUUUACCUCAAGCUCCUAAAAAGGGCGAGCCUAAUCCUACUAAGCCUAUCUUGCAGGAAAAGCCCAAGAGAAAGAAGAGGAAGAAGACUCCACCUCAAGAUGACCCUGAAAUCUACGUGAUCAAAACCUCGAAUGGAAAAUUCAAAUGGUGGAAGAAAGUUCUCAACAAGUUGGUUCCAUUCGCGGUGGCAGAGACUAAGAUUGUUGGUACAAAGGCAUCCCAAAGGAAUCCUCACGAUGGGGGAUAA